UUUAGGGCGUGGAGGGUCUGCCGGAAACAAAUUCCGGAUGUCACUAGGUUUACCGGUGGCGGCGACGGUGAAUUGUGCUGAUAACACUGGGGCGAAGACUUACAUUAUCUCAGUGAAGGGUAUAAAGGGUAGGUUGAAUCGGUUGCCAUCUGCUUGUGUAGGUGAUAUGGUGAUGGCUACUGUCAAGAAAGGGAAACCUGAUUUGAGGAAGAAAGUGAUGCCUGCUGUCAUUGUUAGACAACGCAAACCUUGGCGACGAAAGGAUGGUGUUUUCAUGUACUUUGAAGAUAAUGCUGGUGUGAUUGUGAAUCCCAAAGGAGAAAUGAAAGGUUCUGCUAUCACUGGUCCAAUUGGAAAGGAGUGUGCUGAUCUAUGGCCAAGGAUUGCUAGUGCAGCUAAUGCAAUUGUCUGAACUACUAAGAGAUUUUGAUAACUUUUAUUUGGAAGUGCUGUUAUUGUCACAUAUACAAACAAAUGCAGCAAUGUUGUAUUGCUCUGAGAUUUAAAAGUUCAUAUAAUACCCACUUAUUUGCUACUAAAUAUCAC